AUGGCAAAUUACAAAACUAACCCUAACCCUAAUUACUCUCUUUUCUAUGAUUCUCGUGGGGAGGAGGAGAAAUCACCGGUGGAAGCAAAUGAGCAUUCUACGGUGGAAGUGAACAGCUCAGGGACGAAGAAAUUGGUCUUCUUUGGGAACGCAAACAAGGUUUUUGAGUUGGAGGAUCUGUUGAAAGCUUCUGUGGAGGUUCUUGGGAAAGGGACGUUCGGGACGGCGUAUAAGGCGGUGCUUGACGCGGUGACGUUGGUGGCUGUGAAGAGGCUGAAGGAUGUGACGAUGGGGGAUAGAGAGUUCAAGGAGAAGAUUGAGGUUGUUGGGGGCGAUGGAUCAUGA